AUGCCGGAUCCGAUUCCUGCUUGUUUCAGGGGCGGCGCUGCCGCAGCGCCGCCCGGAUCCGCCACCGCAGGGCCCAGCGUGACGACCUCCAUCUACGAGACGCCGCUGGGGCUGGCGGCGCUCACCUGGUCCCGGACCGUCCUCGGGCUCUCCCUCCGCGUCGAGCUCCGCCUCGCCGUCGCCGCUGCCGGCGGGGGCGCCGCCGCCUCCUUCCGGUUCCGUCUCCGGCCGUGGCUCCUCUGGAAGCGGCGAGGCUCGAAGGGGUUCCACAGCCACGGGGUCGAGUUCUCGUGGGACUUGACGCGGGCCCGCUUCCCCGCCGGCGGCGGCCCCGAGCCCUCCAGCGGGUUCUUUGUCGCCGUGGUGGUCAACGGCGAGAUGUUCCUGGCGGCGGGGGACAUGGAGGCGGAGGCCUACAAGAGGAGCAAAGCUCGGAGGGGAAGGGCCGGGAGGGCGGUGCUCCUCUCCAGGAGGGAGCACGUCGUCUUCCCCGGUUCCGGUAGGAUUUACGCCACCAGGGCGAGCUUCGGGGGGAAGGAGAGGGAGAUUCUGAUCGACCUCGGUGGCAGCGCCGCCGCUGGAGAGAAGGAGGCAAAGCUGUGGGUGGCCGUCGAUGGGAAGAAGGUGAUCCAGGUGAAGCGGCUCCGGUGGAAGUUCAGGGGGAACGAGAAGGUGGCGGUGGACGGCGGCGGGAAGGUGCAGGUCUCGUGGGACGUCCACAGCUGGCUGUUCAACAGGGAGCCCAUCGACGUGGCGGCGGCGGCGGGGGCGGCUGCGCCGCCCACAGCCGCCCCCGAAUUUGGGCACGCGAGCUUCAUGUUCCGGUUCGAGAUGGAGGAGGCGGAUGAGGGCGGCGGCGGGGAGCGGUGGCGGAUGUGGUCGCUGGACAAUUUCGGAGGGAUCGACCACAGUAGCGGGAGCAUCGGCAGCGGCGGGGUGGUGGCGUUGGCGGGGAAGAAAAAGAAGAGCCUUCUGAAGACGAGCUCGUCGUCCUCGUCGUCGUCGGCGUCGUCGGGGAGCAGCUCGUCAGUGGCGGAGUGGGCCAGCGCCGAGGAGAGCGAGCUCCGGGGAUCCGGCGGCUUCUCUCUCCUCGUCUGCGUCUGGAAGAACUAG